ACGGCCAACAGACUGAGGAAGAAGGAGGAUCAGCCUCUAGCACUAAACGCCUGCUGUCUCGCUCAGACAAAACCGCAGAACAUCACACCAGAAGGAGCAACCAGAGCAGGACGACAACUGCAACUGCAGAGGUUUCUGAAUCCAGCCCAUGAACUCUUUCCAUGUGGAGAGGAAAGAGGAAAGCUGAGCCAGGCUGGGUGACAGGUCAACAGGGGAUCUUCAUCCUCUAACAGAUAACCCAGAAUUCACAGAGCGAUAAAGACCAAAGUCUCAAAGAGGCGACUUUGACAACGAGAGGAAUCCUGACAUCUUGCAAGAUGGGAGAAAACACUCCACAGAUCUGGCACAUGCACAUUCCUGGGCAGGAAGUUCCAGGUGAGCCGCAGAAGAAGAUAUCGGUGUCCAGCCAGCCGGAGUGCUCCAUCUGCUACAACAUCUACGACAACGUCUUCAAAACACCCAAGCUGCUGGAGUGCACUCACACCUUUUGCCUGGAGUGCCUGUCCCGCCUCAUGGCUGUCUCCCUGACCAAUCAAGACGAGGGAGCUGGCAGCACACGCCUCUCUUGCCCCUUCUGCCGCCAUCCCACUAUGCUACCGGAGGACGGGCCCCCGGCCCUGGCCACUAGCCGGGAGGUUCUCUGCAAACUGCCCAGCCACCAGCAGCAGGAGGAGCCCGUGUGGCUGGAGGGGGAGAAGCUGUGCUACAAGACCUCCAGACAGGAUACCCUCUCCGGGGUGCCUGACAGCCCCACGGCCUUCUGCAUCUGUAUUGACAUCGGGGCCAGUAAGUCAGCAGAUGCUCCGGUCCAGACCAGGCGCCGGAGCUCUGGUCUGAUGGGCCGACUGGCAGACUGGAAGAGGAUGGUGCUGUUCGUGGUGCUGAUGGUGCUGCUGGUCAUCGUGGUGCUGUGGCCUCUGCAGUGUGUGUUCACCACCGGAAACAUGCGCUGCAUGAGAAACGGACCUCACAUCAGCACCACAGCAACCACCACCACCACCAUUGGCCCGUCCAUCAGCAGGUCCGGCCUGAAAGGAUGAGCAGCUCAACUUGCAGGACUUCACCAUGACACUUUCUUUUGAAGAGUUGCAUUCUGGGUAAUUCUGCUGCCUCUGAUGCUGUAGCUGGGACCUUGACCUGACCUGCUCACCUGAUACACUCAGACUUUACAGCUCCAUUUCUGCCCACAUUUCCGUUUUAAAAUGGCUACAAGCAUGCAGCUCUGCAAGGAGUACAAAAACUUUGACACAAUUGCACUUUGACCCGAGCUUGUAUUCUGAGAUAAGAACAUCUGACUGGUUCUGUUUGGUACCAACCAGGGUUCUAUUCCAGGCCAAACACCUCAGCAAAUUUACUCAGUCGGUGUGGAAAUGGGACAUGUGGAUGGGAUCCACAUGUGCCAAUGAAAAAUGUGUAUAAUGUGACUUUUGAUACAUCUUUGUUUACAAAAAAACCUAUUAAAAAUGAAGUAUUGAGCUUA